UCCAUGGCAUGGGCGACAGCAGUAGGAGCUCAUUGGGAAAAAAUAAAAACUGAGUAUAAUGUUGAAUGGACGAAAUUGGCGUAUCUGGACGGUCCGGGAUACACCGUAUGGGAUCGAAUUGAAGCUAAAGCAGAAUUGCACAGAAAAUUCUUCUCACGGAGCUCGUCCCAUGGUGUUGUGAACUCACCCAGAGAAACCUUAACACAACCAGUUAAAUCGCACUUCGCAUCUCCCAUGGUGGAAUCGAAUCGGCAACGCAAUUUGCGCACUACUGAAUAUGCACACGAAAUCCGAGAGUCAGGUGCAAGAAUUCUCAAGUUGUUGCAAGAGAUUGAUACCACUGAGUCUGAAUCGAAGAAUGAGGCGCUUCAAAUUUCAGACGAAACGUUUCCAUCAAUGGAACCAAUCGAUGCUUCAAAUUCGUUAACAGUUGUGUUGCCGGUGUCGAAGGAUUUCCUUCCCUCCAAGGAACCGACAGAACCAUCUGUUGUCAUUGAUGAGUUUCCGAUUUUAGAUGAAUCUCUUCCUUCCAUGGAAGCAACCGAAGAACAAUCCAUGACUGAUGAAUCUAUUGGUGUGAGCAAUUUAAGGAUGGAAGAAUUGAUGCCGGUGAGUGAAAUUCUCGACAAGGCCCUUGUUCGUAUGCCUCUCCAACUGAUUUCAGCACCACCAUCGAAAGAACUGUGCUGGAUGUACUUAACACCGAAUUGCCUUUCACAUGCUCGACUAAACGCCCCAACGAAGUCCUUGCCGCCAAAACCACCAGAUUGGACUUAUCACGCAAUGUCGAAUCCUCCCCAGCCACCCGAGCCACCUGAUUCGACGAGAUGUGUAGUUACUACUAGGUUUGUUUAUCAUAUGAAGUCUUGGUAUAGUGCAUAUAUCAUUGUGAUGGGUACAUUAGGAAACAUUAAAAAUGAAGAACUUGGUACAAUGUUUAUUUUGUAUGAUGAAAAUGGUUGCGGAUACAUGAAUUUAAAGGGGGUUGAGAUAGAAUUGUAUCCUGACUACUUCACAGUAGUUUAUGGUAUCAUUAAACUUAUAGAAGUAUUUUUACUAGCUACCGAGGUUCUGUCAAAAAUUGAUUCACAAUACAACCACUUUUGUGUAAUUGGGGAACAUAGAAUUGCACAAGAUAUUUUAACAAUAACAAAGGGUGUUGAUAAGAAUGUAUCUAUGGGAGAAAUCAUCGCUACUCUUGCAAUUGCACAGGGAAAAUAUGUUGGUACUGGAUUGUUCAAUGCCCCACCUAGUGGACUAGAGCUUGAGUUUGAUUUUCAUGCCAAUGUUGUUGUGGUUGGAAUUGUUUAUCAUAUGCUUCUUGUUUCUACAAAAGGUGGCAAAGCUACACUUUCUAAAGAUGCUCAUAUCCCAUAUGGUAGCCAUCACAGGUUUUCUACAAUAACUCAACCACGUAAUUCACACAACUCCAUAAAUGCUCAUAUUCUAUUUCAACCAGUUCUAGUUUGUGGUAAUCAACUUAAUAUUCAGGAUAUGCCAAGCUUGUGGCUGCCAAGAUCAUUCUCUGAGUACGCUAAUUCUCCAUGGCCUCAAAUAGUUCAACUUGUUGAUGUAUCUGUUUGGGUGGCUGCAGUACUUGAUUCAUGCCCCAAAGUUACCAAUGGUUUUACUACCACUUGUAGUGCAUACAACAUGGUACUGCCAAUGAGUGUUGCUGAAAUAGCAUCUGAAAAAAGAUUUAUUAUUGAGUACCAUUUUGAUGGAGCUGCUUGUUUCGUUUCUGCUUUGGUACAAGAACUAGAAAAAUUUGGUGAUGCUUGUUUAUUCCAUGAAAAACAAUUCAUUCAAUGGGAUCCUAGUGGAUGUUUUAUUGUCCAUGUGGAAGUUGCUACUAUUAUUCUACACCAUUUUCUUGACUUCAACCUUGAGGACAAGGUUUGUCUUCAUAGGGGGGAUAGUGAUAUGAUUCAUGUUGUUUGGAUACCAUGUGUGCUAGCAUGGAUGAUUGACAAUGAAGGAACUAUAAAUGACAUCAAGGCGGUAGAAAUUAUGGAAAAAAUAAAGCAUAAAAAGAUUGCGAGAUUACAGUAUUGUUUCAUAGUGCUAGAUGGAAGCCUUGUAGCAAAGCUAGUUGCUUUUGGAGUUACAAAAAUUGUUACAUAUGGAUGUCAAUUCAUGCAUAUAAUUGUGAGAAUUUGUGGCUACACUAGUCAAGUGAAGAUGGAAAGAAGGAAAAAGUGGGAUCCUCGUAGACACGGCAAUAUGCAUACAACAACUUGGUCAACAAAGUUCAAGCAAUGGGAUACGGGUAAAAUUGGUGCUGUGAGCAAUUGUUACAACCUUGAGGACAAGGUUGGUUUUAAAGGGGGAGAUAUUGUAAUGAACCCACCAUAUUGGAUAGGCCCAAAUAGGAGUUAG